AUGGCAUUAGAAGCCUAUUCCUCCUGGAAUUUCAAUGAAGUAGACAAUAUCUUCUCUGCUGCAUAUCCAAUGGAUACCUGUUGGGAGCCCUGGUCCAAUUGCGCUUUUAAAGAAAUAAAUCCGCUCGGAAUGUUCAAUUCAUAUACAUUCCCGUUCCCUGAAUGCCCUUCCUCAGUCGGAAUCGAUCUUGAGAAGUGCAGUGAAAUGCUCAUUUCUAAGCCGGAAGCAAUUAUAGCUCCAUUCAAUGAAACUAUAUAUGCAGAAAAUACUCUGUUUUGCCCCAAUGAGAGCGAUAUUCUUUCAUCUAUUACAGAGUCUAAUUUUCAGCUUGACGAGUGCUUAGUAAAUCCGUUGAGUCCUAUAUUUAUGAGUAUUAAAGAAGCUCCUGUUCAAUGUGAAGCUUCCGAGACUCAGAUUGUUCUUCCUUGUCAUGUCAGAGACGAAGGGGAGAAGACGAGAAUUAUAAUGCAAAAUUUGCUGAAAGCUUGGGCCGAAGCACUGGAGAGAGAAGCUUGGGAUUUAGCAAAAGUUGUUGAGAAUCGGCUGCGACGGAGGAUGUCUCUGACAGGAAGCCAUGAGGAAAGAAUGGCGUACUAUUGUCUUGACAAUUUCAGAGAUCCAGACGCGUCUGAAAGCGCAAGCACCAGAUUAUUGAAGGAGCUUUGUACACAGACCAGUAUGACCGCCUUUCAGGCACUCUGUCAGCUCUAUCCUUACGCAAGAUUUGCCCAUUUCACGGCAAACCAGGGCAUUCUGGAGCGUUUCGCCUCAAAUAAUGCAAAGCGAAUGCACAUUGUUGACUUUGAUGUAGCAGAGGGCCUGCAAUGGCCGCCAUUAAUGGAAGCCCUGGCCGCGGAAAGCCCUAAAACUCUGGAGCUGCUUCGCAUUACUGCUGUUCUCUGGGAUGAUGACGUGGCGUCCGGCUCGAAGACGGGUUCGAAACUCGCCGGCUACGCAGCUUCUGUGGGAAUUCCCUUGUAUUAUGAAGAAAUCAAAUUGGAAAACCUCAGAAACCACAUGUUAUCCGCCGCAGAACAUGAGGAACAGAGUAAUAUUUCCAUGGUUUUCAACCUGAUGCUGAACUUGCCACAUUUGCGGUGCCAGCGAAGCAAAGCGCAGAUUGUAAAGUUCCUGUCGGUUGCACGUGGCAUGCCAGAGGCCUUCGUGACGUGGGCUUGUGCUGGCAUGGCAAGCGAAUGGAGGGACUACAGCGGCCACCUCAGCGACACGAUGGAGUACUUCUGUGCCAUGCUGGAGUCCCUGGAGGCCGGGCUGCCCGACGAGGGUUUGGCGAGGACUGUGAUGGAAAACACUUUCUUGGCGCCCAAGAUUUCCAGAGCGUUUUCGUGUGGUGGAGCAGAAAUGGAGGAGAAAGAAUUAAUGGAUGGCAGGCUCUGUGAGCUGCCCAGAAGAUGUGGAUUUAGUGGGCAGGGGGCUGAGAUUAGCGAAGAAAGCAUGGCGCAGGCGAGGGAUAUUUUGUCGUUCCAGGCAGGAUGGCAUUACAAGCUCCAAAAUUCAGGCAACCAAAUAAUUCUGAAAUGGCGGGAUACACCACUGGUGUGGGCUUCCACUUGGAGAUGA